AUGGCUCGUACCAAGCAAACCGCUCGCAAGUCCACUGGAGGUAAGGCUCCAAGAAAGCAAUUGGCCACCAAGGCUGCCCGCAAGUCGGCCCCAGCCACUGGCGGAGUCAAGAAGCCCCACCGUUACCGUCCUGGAACCGUCGCUCUCCGUGAAAUCCGCCGUUACCAGAAAUCGACUGAACUCCUGAUCCGCAAACUCCCGUUCCAACGUUUGGUCCGUGAGAUCGCCCAGGACUUCAAGACCGAUCUUCGUUUCCAAUCAAGCGCCGUGUUGGCCCUUCAAGAAGCUUCUGAAGCCUACUUGGUUGGCCUCUUCGAAGACACCAACUUGUGCGCCAUCCACGCCAAGCGAGUCACGAUUAUGCCCAAGGACAUCCAACUGGCCCGCCGUAUCCGUGGUGAACGUGCCUAA